UCGACAGACGCGGAUGCACGGCGGCCGACGAACGCGUCGAGCGGUGUACCGUCUGGCUGGUUUGCGUUCAAGCGGCGGUGUCUGCAGUCGACUACCAUAACUGGGUAAAGUUCGAUCCGACCAACGUGAGCUACUUUAUAGUCUACAUGUUACUGUACGUCAACCUGGUGUCGGUGGCCGUGUACGCGCAGCUGGCUUGGUGCAUAGGUCGUCGGUUCGACAUUAUCAACAGCGAGAUCGAGGCCAAGCUCGAACGGUUGCCGUCGACCAACCGCGUCGAAUUCCCAAAUCGCCAACACCACAACUUGUCGUAUCUACUCCGUUGCUCCAACAACCUCACUAAAGACGUGAAAUUUAUUCCUAUUAAAACAUACCAAGAAAUUUACUGGAAUCUCUGCUACAGUGUAAACAUUUUAAACCGCCAUUACGGUUGGAUACUAUUAACGGGUUUAUUGAUGACUAUAAUAAGACUUAUACUCAUUCCGAAUAUCCUAAUAACAAAUGUUUUGAACACGAAGUUGCAUGGGUCACAAAACUACGGAUUUACAAUAAGCCUUGUUGGUUGGGUUAUUUGUCACCUAUCAUUUUUAUUUUUAAUGGUGCUGCCCUCGUCGUACGCUGCCUCAAGAGCUGAAACAACAGCUGUCAUCGUAUGUAGACAUCUAAACGGUUAUUUUGUACCGGACGACAUAAAACGGUUAGAACUAUUUGUACUUCAAUUGCACAAGCAUAAAGUUCAUUUUUCAAUUUGUGGAAUUGUGGAUUUACAAAGAUCUACAAUAACAAAAGUGAUUGGGACUAUAAUUUCAUAUUUGCUGAUUUUCAUUCAAAUGCAAAACAAGUGAACGGAGAAUUUAAAAUACUUAACAACCUAAUAUGCAAAACAUUGUACAUAUCUAGUGUUGGUUCAAUUAAAUUCCAA